CCGGCAAAAUUGGCGCACAAACAUUAUGGUAUUGCGCAAUCCGUGUAGUGGGUGUGGUUUUGAUAUCUAAUUUCAAAAUGGGUCAAGGACAGUCUGGUCUUCCUCCUGGUAGACGUGACAGAGAUGGAAAGAAGAAAGAGGCUAAAAAGAGAAAAAUUGAGCCUCCUAUACCAACUCGUGUCGGAAAGAAAAAGAAGUCACGUGGACCAGAAUCAACCAAUAAACUACCUCAGGUGACACCUCACACUCGAUGUCGGUUGAGAAUGUUAAAGUUGGAGAGGAUCAAGGACUUUUUAUUGAUGGAGCAAGAGUUUAUUCAAAAUCAGGAGAGGCUAAAACCGCAAGAAGAAAAGAAUCAAGAAGAGAGGUCUAAAGUUGAUGAUCUUCGCGGUAGCCCAAUGGCAGUGGGUACCCUAGAGGAGAUCAUUGAUGAUAAUCACGCCAUUGUGUCUAACAGUGUGGGGUCUGAGUAUUACGUUAACAUGCUCUCGUUUGUGGACAAGGACCUCAUAGAGCCAGGAUGCACUGUACUCCUCAAUAACAAGUUACAUGCAGUUGUUGGUGUCCUGAUGGAUGAUACUGAUCCAAUGGUCUCUGUCAUGAAACUGGAGAAAGCUCCAAGUGAAUCUUACGCAGACAUUGGAGGCCUGGACACUCAAAUACAAGAAAUAAAAGAAAGUGUUGAGCUACCAUUGACUCAUCCUGAGUAUUAUGAAGAGAUGGGAAUUAAACCACCCAAAGGAGUGAUACUCUAUGGAGCCCCUGGAACAGGUAAAACUCUGCUUGCAAAAGCUGUCGCUAAUCAAACUUCUGCUACAUUUCUUCGAGUCUGUGGGUCUGAACUCAUUCAGAAGUAUCUGGGGGAGGGACCUAAACUUGUUCGUGAGUUGUUUCGUGUUGCAGAAGAGCACUCGCCAUCAAUUGUAUUCAUCGAUGAAAUUGAUGCAAUCGGAACCAAAAGAUAUGAAAGUCAUUCUGGUGGUGAGAGAGAGAUUCAGCGAACAAUGCUGGAGCUGUUGAACCAGCUUGACGGAUUUGACUCAAGAGGGGAUGUGAAAGUCAUAAUGGCUACCAAUAGGAUUGAGACGCUUGACCCCGCCCUCAUUAGACCAGGUCGUAUCGAUAGAAAGAUUGAGUUUCCUCUACCUAACGAGAAGACAAAGAGAAGAAUAUUCCAGAUACACACGAGCAAGAUGACAUUAGCUGAUGAUGUAGACCUUGAGGAGUAUAUAAUGGCUAAGGAUGACCUCUCUGGUGCAGACAUUAAGGUAAGAAUCGAUUACUAUUCACACCUCAUCAUAACAUCAUACGAGGAGCCCAUGAUUAUACGUGUAUGUAUUUUAACAAUAAGAUUAUAA